CGACUGUUAAACUAACCUCUCUCUCAUGGUCGUGACAGAGAAAAGCCGUGCAGAGGCUGAAGAGGGAGAACCAUCCUCCUUAGCCUCGCCUUCCGCUCCGCCAUGGAUUCCCGCCACUCUUCUCUCGGCCGCCGGACGUUGGAGGAAAUUCGUCAAAAACGAGCUGCUGAAAGAUUGAGCAAAACUUCUUCAGGCCCCGAUCUCACUCAGAUCCCACCUAUCGAUGUUGGAGGAAUGCGAAAAUCGGAGAGUGCAAAUCGACUCUCUGAGAAUGAUGUUAGUACAUUAGUCUCUCAGAUAAGAGACUUGGAUAGGAAGAAUGCAGAACUAGAAGAACAGAACAAAAAUUUGGCCUCUAUGCUUGAAGCAAAGGAAGCCGCGAGUGGUGCGCUGGAGAAACGUUUGAAUGAGUUGGAGCAAAAUACUGUACCGUCGUUGAGGAAAGCCCUCAAGGAUGUCGCGAUGGAGAAAGAUGCGGCAGUUGUUGCACGGGAGGAUCUCUUGGCCCAGCUUCGUAUGCUAAAGAAGCGUUUAAAGGAUGCUGAAGAAGAACAGUAUCGAGCUGAGGAAGAUGCAGCAUUGCUGAGAGCAGAACUGAAUAUGAUACAGCAACAAACAAUGAGUGGCUCACUUGGGGCACUUAAUUCAAUUUCUAAUUCACCUGAUCAGUUACAAACAUUAGAAAACGAGUUGGCUAACUUAAAGUCUGAGCUACAGCGAGAUUCGAUGUUGAGACAUCAAGAUCAACAGCAAUUAGCAGAGGAGCAGGCUCGAGCUUCCAUUCUUGCAUCUGAGAAGCAAGAGUUGGAAGAAAAACUUGCAGCUUUGUCUAGAAAGUCUUCAGAAGUGUCAGACAAAGUGGCCGGCAGGGAAUUUUCAUUGGAGGAUAAAGAUAAACUCGAGAAGCAGAUGCAUGACAUGGCUGUAGUGAUUGAGAAAUUGGAAAGCAGUAGACAAAAGCUUUUAAUGGAGAUUGAUUCCCAAUCUUCAGAGAUAGAAAGGCUCUUUGAGGAAAACUUUAAUAUAUCCAGCUCUCAUCAGGAGGCUAUGAGCAUAGCUAUGCACUGGGAGAGUCAGGUGAAAGACUGUCUUAAGCAAAAUGAAGAACUCCGAGGAAUCUUAGAUAAGUUAAGAACUGACCAGGCCAAAGGGUUGGUCAACUCCCAUAACAAUAGCCCUAACAAGCCUGGUUCAGCUGAAUAUACAACUGAACUUCUCUCUAUCAAGGAUCAACUUGCAAAAGAACAGAGCAAAGCAGAGGCAUUAUCAGCUGAGGUAUUACAGCUUUCAGCAAGACUCCAACAAACCACGCAAGCAUACGAUGGGCUCGCACGGCUCUAUAAACCGGUGUUGCGUAAUAUAGAAAGCAGUCUCAUUAAGAUGAAACAAGAUGGCCCUGUGAUGGUGCGGUGAGUACAAAAGAAGAACAAUAUACCUUUAUAAGGUCACUUUUCUGGUCGGCACCCUUCAUAUAGCGAAAACAAGGUAUCCAAAUGUUUACUCAGUAGCUUUAUGUAGGACGGUUGAUAUGAAAUAUGUGAAAUGAAUUAUCUCUUUUACAUUUCUUUUUUGAAGGAUUGAGAAAUUUCUUGUACAUUAUUGUAAAUGAAACAUGAUUUAUGGAAAAUCUCUUAUGCGUG